UGCGGUACUGUACCUACGCGUUAACUUUAAAAAACACACCUAAAUAAUAAAUAUAUAAUCACCUCGAGUAUGGAUAUGGAAAUGGCAAAGAUUUUUACUAAUGUGCCAAAAAGUGCUUUUCAGUUAUAUAUUAAGUUGUACUGCAAUAGAAGGGCUCAAGAUGGUAUACCGAAAUCCAUUGCCAUGACUGAAGCAAUCCAAACUUGGGUAUCACUCAAAGAAACAGAGAAGUACCAAUUUUUGAAUAAAUAUAAUGAAUGUAAAGAAAGAAAUAUAAAAAAAAUAGGGGAAUGCAUUAAACAAGCUGAAGUUUUUGUAAAAAAAAGACAUCAGAAAAGGUCACCAGAUAUCACAAACAAUGAAUCAAGUGUAUCAAAUAUUCUAGAAACAAGUAAUAUUGAAGAAAUCCAUUUGAAAUCUGCAGAAACACCGAAAGAAGUACAAAUAGGUGAUGUGGAAGAGGACAAUAACCUGCAACUAGAGAGUAUUAUGCAUGAUGAGAUAGAGGAGUUACUUACAAAAACGAAUGAGGAAAACCAAGAAUUUUUAGAAGAAUCUUCUUUAAUGCCAAAUCCAGAACCAAUGCCGCCCACCAUUAAAUCAGGAAGGGAAUUGUUUGCUAUAAUUAAAACAACGAAUGAAAAUGGUGAAGUAACAUGGGAUACCUUAUCGAACAAAGAGAGAAGUUAUUACAGUCGAGCCAUUUUAACAUUGAAGAAUGACUACAUUCACAAGUAUAAAUUAUUUUUAGAAAGUUUAGGACCACGUGAGUUGUUUGACUAUUACAAUAAAACUUUUUGUUAAAUUAACCCUGGCCCCUUUGUGUUUUAUUUCGAAAAUACAAACUUACCUAACUUAUCACUAGUUAGUGUAACAUAAUAAGUUAAAAUAGGGACUCGAAUAAAUUGACUGAUUUACUAAAAAAAACAGUAGUUGUUGCUAAUUUAGCACACACCUUUUUAUUACCUUGAAAUGAUACCUAUGUUCGUGACAAAUUAGGCAUAAAAUUUAAAAAAUUCAAUAACUCGAAAAUUUUCGUACGUGCCAAAAUUAUCGACAUUUUUUUUUCAGUUUUCAACGCAAUCAAAAAAUUAAAAGCAACUGACAUCUUAAAGUAGGUAGUUAAAAAAAUCUUCGUGUAAUCUUAGGUCGGGAUAUGAAAAAAGAAAGUUUUAUUUAAAAUAGGAGGCACCCAGUAUCGUCUCUGUCUUCUCCGACGUCUGAGUUUUUGAUAUAAAAUCCAUAAGCAAAUUGCCUCUUCCAUGUCCAUUCUCCAAUGUUGAUGCCAGAUUGUCGCGCGUACAUGUUCUGUCAUGUGAAUGCUUCCACCGCGCGGUGACGGGCGGUAGGU